UGACGGUGGCAUUUUGUUUGGAAACUCAUUUGUUUUAAUUUUAUGAUUUCUGGUUUCAUGAUUUAAUAACUGUUUGGAAAAUUCGUCCACGAGUCCACGACCACGAUUGAUUAGCCAGUCGAAUCUUUACAUUUGUUUAGUUUACAAGUUAAUCACUGGCAUUUUACUGUCGAAAUUAAUUGCGCUUUUCUUAUCUGUACUUUAUUGAUUAGCCAGUCGAAUCUUUACAUUUGUUUAGUUUACAAGUUAAUCACUGGCAUUUUACUGUCGAAAUUAAUUGCGCUUUUCUUAUCUGUACUUUAUUGCGUGUAGCUCUCGACGGACAAUGGACGAAAGCGGAGACAGAGCGAUCACGGAUGACUCGAUGGCUGAUUCCCGAGUCGAGCAAGUCGAUGCCGCCAGUUUGCUCCAGCAGAAACGAUGCUGUGAAGUGGAAUUGCCCGUGAGAAGAGACCUGCUGGACGCUCAGUUCCAGGGCUACAAACUUUCUCUGGAGGAGCUGCCUUCCUUGCGGAUUGCCACGUUGGCGGGGGCAGUGGGAAGCGAGUGGGGUGCCUCGCAGGCGCAGGAGUUGACGUCGCUGCAGCAUUUCCGCGCCUUCGCCGUCAUCAACGGGCUCAGCAUCGACCCGUGGUCGGCAGCCGCCGGCGAUCAUUUUGCCGUCUACUAUUUCAACCAGCAACGCCAGCUGGUCUGCCACUUUGUGCCAUCUCAACCGCAGGCGAGCCUGCCAGCCAACUCCGCGGGUCAGAUCGUCGGAAGUUUUUCAGAUAACGCAACAGUGGAGAGCACCGCGACGGACGCCGUUCCCCUCUGUGGAUCCGUCCAAUUCGCUGACGCCCAGCACUGCGUCGUGACCAACGGACGGGGGCGCCUGUUCGUCCACACUGGCGCUCGCCACACCCAGACUGGCCAAGAGUGGACUUGGGGGCCCGUGGUCGAUUACGUCUGCCCGGAGAGCUGUCUACUACAAACGGCUCGCACUGUUGUAUCCGGUGGAGCAGUCUCCAUCCAUCUUGUGGUGCUCUAUGUCGGCAAACAGGCCAGCAAAGACGCCUCCCGCUUCGUCACCGUCCUGGAGUGGAUUGUCCUACAGGCUGUCGGUUCCUCCUGGAAGACCCAACGCGUGCGUCGCCUGGAAGGCACAUCGGCGCCACACUACAUCGCCGUAGAGCCGCCCGGGGACGGGUUGAGCUUGGUGGGCGAAGGGAUUUUCAAGAUCGUCUUUGAUUCGCAGCGAGUAGUGACGGACACCGCUACUCCGGCGGAUGAAGUUAUGGAGGAGCAGCCACCGGUGGACCACGCCGGUUUGGGAAAGCGGAGCUGUUUCAACACUGGGCUGGCGGCACCUGAUGACAUGCCCAGCAGCUUCGGUCCGGAUGAUCUGGAAGAGUGCGAUUCCUUUGCGGAUGAGACAUACAACGCUGCGUGGAUGCGUUUUGACGGGUCAACUGAGGCUGUCAGCCAUCGUGCCGAUCUCUCUGGCCGGCAGCUGCUUUUCACGGCCACGGUCAGCCCCGAUCAGAUGCCGGUGAUGUGCAUUCGCUAUGAUGUUGACGGAUUAGUGUAUCAACCAAUUCCGCCGGAAGCCGGCUCGGAGAAGGUUCCAUGGGAACACAUUGCCACUUUCAACGCUCUAGGUUACGUGGUUGCUUCCAAGCAAGAGAAGAAGUUUGCCGUUUGUUCCACUGCGCUUCGUUUUGCCUGCGUCUGCGAUGGUAACCGCAAUGUGUAUCUGUACCGGAAUGAGGUGCCGGUGGGGGAACAGUCGGUACUGAAGAAUCGUAAGACCGGCCAGACCAUCAGCCAUGUGGCCCGCCAGCAUGUCCUGACGUUGAAUGAUGCCGAGUUGCCUAUUGUUGGCUUAGCGGCCACUCAACAAGCGGUGGUGAUCCUCAAGAAGAACGCACUCACGCUCAUCUAUCUGUAAUACAAAUACACGUUCACAUUCGUUAAUCGACAUUCAUCGAUUUUCUACGAUUUGUUGCGGUUGGCUCUGGUCUGUUCUCGGGUUGAUUAUGUAACAGGGUCGUAUAAGCUGAACAAGAAAGCAAACGGGA